GCACGGAGCGGUCAGGACUGGACUCUCUGACGCGCAAUCUUCUUCAGUUGCCUUGACAUUAGCCUUGCAGACUUCUUUAUACUCGUCUAGAUCUGGGAAUUUCCUCGGAAUUGUUGGUGUGUUUACCACAAGUUGUUAGUGAAUAGUGACUGCGGGUAACGACUGAGACUGUCCCGCAUGUGACCAGCCUGGCUUCGGCACCAUGGCAUCCGGACAGCAACGAACUCGUCGCGCCGCCGCGAACUUACAACCUGACAACUCCUUGCCUGACACCGAAGACAGCAAACGUGUCGCUAAUCGCCUCGCACAGCGCAAAUUCCGUCGCCAACGCAAGGACUACAUCGCCCACCUUGAGAAUGAGCUGGCUCUAUGCCGUGCCGGUGCCAGCGAGGAAAUCGAUCAUCGCCGACUGGAAGUUGCCCGGCUUCGUGAAGAAAAAGCCGCGCUGAGGGAGCUCCUGGAACACGUUAUCUGUAACCUUUCUCAGAUCUGCGGAACCGAUAUCUCCAUCGCUGGUAUCUCCACGCAACGUCAACACAAUGCACUCGUUUGCCCUACUACUCCCACUGAAAAAGAGUCGCAAUGUGACUAUAAUCCUUCUGGCAGUUGUCAUUCGGCCCAAGGCGAGAGGCUAUCCGAGCGCGGACAGGAACCCUUCACAGAUGACACCAACAGAGAAGACCUGGAGAGGGCGAUUGACCAAGAAGGAGCUUCAGCAGCCCAAUUUGACACCUCGAUGCCGAAUGCUGUGUUGAACGCGGAUACUAGCCUGCAAUUCAUGACUGAUGACGCACCCAUUCAGCCCAGCCAACUAUGCAGUCACGCGUCAGGACCUGCUCAACCCAGUACCAAUAUAAUCGCCCGAGCACCAAUCCAAGACGAGCUUUCAAUUAACCUCGCUUUAAUCUGGAAUGGAGUGUCUGACGAAUCUCAACCGCCUGACUCUGUUGGGGCUGAUCAUCACGGCCAACGUCGGUUCGGGGGAGGCAGUUUUCACCAACCGUCUGCGGAUCAUACCAACAAAGACGCGCAACGAUUAUUAACGGGCCGCAAGAGUCCCAUGUCAGACUUCGACAGCUUUCUCUUCCGCACGCCUGGGAACCUUAGAAACAUCUGCCGCUCGUCAGGUUGCUUAGGGCGCCAUGAUAAAUCAGAAAAAACACAACUCAUGUCUAUCAUGCUCCGGCGCCGGACAGAUGAAGUCAUCGACUCGUGCACACGCUCUGGCGAUUUGGUCUCGCUCCAGUCUAUCCAGGCUAUGGAGCAAAUCUUGGUGAACGGCUUGGUCAACACGAUUCUCUCUAUGCAAGCCAUGUGUAUGCAGUUGCUCGGUAUCGAGUCCAUGUCCUUGUCCGGCGGUUGUGCAUGGGUCGUGUGGCAGAUCGUCAAAACUUUCUGGGUACUACCUCGUCUGGCUGACUGCGGUGUGUUGGCCACUGCAACUGAGCUUGGAUUUUACUCGGAUGUCUUUCACGAUACGAUGCCAGCUUGGCUGCGUCCAACCGAUAUCCAGAAGACCUUUGAGCACAGCAUAGCCAUAGAUUUCAUUCCGUGGGCUCACCUGCGGGAGUCGCUCAUCAUGCAUGAGGAUGAGAUCGUGGUAGACGACGUUUUCGUUAGUCUCCUCAAAAGACAAAUUCCAACAGGUGCCGAGUCUGAUCGUCUAGUGAAUAUAAAAGAUGAUGCGCCUUGGGACAGUAUCCGGCGUCAAUUCCAGACUAGCCACGACAGGUUUCUGCGCGAUUCGUUCUAUGGUUCCGUCUCCAUGUUCAAGCUAGGCGAGGUCUGUGAGCUUGAUUCAGCAAUACCUAUCUGCACGAACCUACUGGUGGACAGCUUAAUGGCUCAUCACGAUGAGCUAUCGUCAAUAGCAACCUAACAAUUAGUUGAUCUAUAUGUGAAUAUACAAUUGAAGGAGCUUAACUAUGUACCGAACCAAUUGGCAAACAGCAUGUUGCUACAAGUAACAGCAGGAAGGAUCUCUCCUCCGGGUAUGUCAAUAGAUAGUUGGAAAACUACUUGGGAUCCUGACGGGAAGGAGGAUAAUCAUCACGGGGCGAGAUCACUUGACCUGGAAUCCCGCCAAGGCAUGUCCUCCGGGAGGCCACUGCGUGAAGGGAAGCCAACGUCCUCCUAAACCUUCCGCUUAGAUAGGAAGUUAGGGAGGACAGAACUAGAAGCAAUAAGGAUAUAAGGAUAG